AUGGGGGAAGAAGGGAAGGGACCCAAAGAAACAGAGCAAAGCCCAGACUCGCCGGAAUCUUCAGCCGGAGCAUCAAGUCUCCGGCGAGCCGUUGAGUCCAUAUCAUCUUUGAUCUCACUCUCUUUUUCCAUCAAAAUCUUCGCAGCGAAAUGGAAUACAAUAAGGACCAAGCUCGAAGAUUUGAACUCUGGCCUAGCGGCCGUACAAAACUGCGAAACAGAUGAAAAUCCAGUUCUUUUAGGCCUAGUGUCGAACAUAUCGGGCACGGUCAACGAGUGCCACGGUCUUGCUCGGCGCUGCGUCGAUCUUUCUUACAGCGGGAAGCUUCUGAUGCAGAGCGACUUGGAUAUGCUUUCUGCAAAACUCGAUCUUCACGCAAGAAACCUCUCGGAGAUUUAUAACGCCGGCGUUUUGACUCACAGGUUUGCGAUCGUCGUUUCGAGGCCUGGAAACGGAGCUUGCAGAGACGACAUGAGGUUCUAUGUGAGAGACUUGAUGACAAGAAUGAAGAUUGGGGGCGCAGAAAUGAAACGACAGGCUCUGCUUAAUUUGUAUGAGGCUGUGGUGGAAGACGACAGGUACGUGAAAGUCCUCGUGGAACAGAGUGACAUUGUGAACGUGUUGAUCAGCCUUCUUGAUUCGCAUGAGGCUGAAAUCCAAGAAUGGUCUGCGAAGGUUGUUUCUGUAAUUUCUGGGUUUGGUUCAUAUAAGGUUGUUCUCAUCGGAGCUGGGAUCAUAGCGCCAUUGAUUCGGGUGUUGGAGUGUGGGAGCGAGGUUGGGAAAGAAGGGGCUGCAAAGAGCUUGCAGAGAUUGACUGAGAAUUCCGAUAACGGGUGGUCGAUUUCAGCUCACGGCGGUGUCACAGCUCUGCUUAAAUUAUGUUCCGGUUGUGAAGGUGGUGAUGUGAGAGCAGAGUUGGUUGGUCCUGCUUGUGGGGCACUCAAAAAUCUUGUUGGGGUCGAAGAAAUAAAGAGAUUCAUGGUUGAAGAAGGUGUAAUUUCAACGUUUAUUGGGCUUACACGGUCGAAAGAUGAAGUUUUGCAGAUAAAUUCGAUUGAAUUUCUGCAAAAUAUAGCGUCUGGUGAUGAAGCAGUUCGUAGCAUGGUGAUCAAAGAGGGUGGAAUUCGAGCACUGGUUCGUGUCUUGGAGUACAGAUCAGCUUGUUCUUGUAAAGUGAGGGAGACAGCAUUAAGGGCAGUAGAAAAUUUGUGUUUCUGUAGCACAAGUUGUGUUAGUGUUUUGAUCAGGUAUGGCUUUGUGGAGCAACUUAUGUCCUUUCUUCGAAAUGGAGAGGCUUCAAUUCAAGAACUGGCGUUAAAAGUUGCAAUUAGAAUGUGUGCAAAAUCAGAGGAAGCCAAGAAAGCACUGGGGGGUGCAAAUUUUAUGACAGAGCUGGUUAAGUUUCUUGAUUCAAAGUCAUUUGAGGUUCGAGAAGUGGCGGCUGAGGCACUGUCGAACAUGGUCUCCAUCCCGAAAAAUCGAAAACGAUUCGUGCAGGAUGAUCGUAGCAUGGGCCUCCUUUUGCAGCGGUUUGACCCGAAGCAAGGAAACUCAGGUAACAAGAAGUUCUUGUUCUCCAUAUUAAUGUCAUUGACAAGUAGCAACAGCGGGAGGAGGAAGAUUGCGCAUUCGGGUUAUUUGAAAAACAUUGAGGAACUUGCAGAAGCAGAAGUUUCAGAUGCCAAGAGACUUGUGAAGAAGUUGUCAACAAACAGAUUCCGCAGUAUGUUGAGUGGAAUCUGGCAUUCUUGA